UAACAUCUGCAGUUCUGCAAAAAUGCCAAAAAGGCAAGUAUUUUAGACAAGUACUAUAUAAUUUGCAAUAAUAUAAUAUCAUAGUAAAUGGGCUGAAGAAUGGAUAUGCGCAAAGAACUUCUAAUUUUCAUAUAAUGCUGAUUGUAACGACUUAAAAAAUAAUCCUGCUGGAAACCAAAUCUUUCUCUGCUGCAUUGGCGUCAUCUACUUGCCGCCCUGGUAUUACAGACUUUACUUACACUCUGCGGAAAUGUCAGGACAUCACGAUGGGAGUUCUUCUGAUGUUGAGCUUGUCAAUAGACUUAGAGAAACUGGCUUGGAUCCCGAAUAUUGGCUCAGUGUGCUUGAAGAAAACCUGGGCAUUAACAAUAUACAAUCAAUAAAAUACAUUCAGCCUGAAGACUGCUCGCUACUAGAGGAGAAGACCCGUUACCAAUGGGAAAAAAGAGCUUUACGUCAACUAUGCAAUGUGCCAGAUAGCAGUACAAAUGUUAAGGAAAUGCAAGAGAAGCGAUGUCAGGUAAUGAAAGAAAAGAACGAACAAGCAUUACAAGUAAUAACUGAGCUAAAAACAUUAAGAUCUGAAGGAAAAGAUCGACAUGAUGAAAUGGUCAAGCAGAGGGAAGAAGAAAUUCGUAAAGCCCUAGAAAUACCUUCUGAUUGUUCAGCACCACCUGAGAAGUCAAUAGUGGAUCUUAUAGAUUACUAUGAAAAACAGAUUAAGUUCAUGGAUGAAUCAUUUAAAAAAUCUGACAAUAUAAAAGAUGAAGACCUCCUUAGAUAUGCUUCUGGGGGUUUGGCACUUGAAGGAAUUUUCCAAACAAAAAACAUUAAUGAUGUGUUUCAGAAACGUGAACCACUGCUAUGUAUUCCAGAGGGUUUCCAACUUCUUGGACCAGAGCAAAGUCCAGUUUUUCAACAAAAGGAAUUUACAUCCCAAAUAGAGGAGUCCAGUUUUAAGAAAACUGUUGAAAAAGUUGGUUUAAGUUUAAGUAGCUCAGUUAAUUUUAGUUUCAUGGGCUUCGGUCUAAAAAUCGGUACAGAUUAUAGCAAAGAUUCAGAAUCUGAUAAAACCAGUAAACAGUCUAGUCAACAACAAUAUGUCUGUACAACAAGAUACAAUUACAUCCCACUAGCAUCCUGCUACUUCACUAAGGACCAGAUGAAACUCUCGCAGAGUGCACUAAAUGCAUUAAAAGAGAUUGAACAACUAAUUGCCAUAGAUUCAGGUAAACAAGGCAUAAGAAUGAAAUGUACAGAUUUUUUCCAGAGGUUUGGCUCUCAUGCUAACCUAGGCCCUGUACACUUUGGGGGAAUAUACUGGUGGAAAGCUUCCAUGGAAAGCAUUACAUCUAAUCAGAUGCAAGAAGCUAAAAGAAUGACAUCAGAGGCACUAAACUUCUAUGUUGGUGCUAGUUAUGCUGGAAGUGGAGGAGAUUUUGACUUAACAAAAACAAAUACAUAUGGUUCCAUUGAUCAAUCAACAAUCUCCAAAUUUCAGAAAGAUAUUCAGUUCUUCUCCACCAAAACAGGGGGUCCUUCAGAAGUUGAUUCUCUCUUUCAUUGGAGAUCAGGUCUUAUAACAAGUAACAAGACAUGGAGUGUCAUAGAUCGUGGAUUUCAGAAAUCAAAAGAAAAUCUUUCUCAGAUAACACUUUCUCUGUCAUCAUCUACAGAAGAACAAUUCCAAGCUAAGAUAAAAGCUACCCAGCAUAUCGGUUGCUCACUUUAUUCGUUUUUAAAAACUAUGAGGAAGACAAAACAAAAAGAUUCUGAAUUACUGGUGCUCCUCAUUGCAAAUAACUCUGGAUACUGUGUAAAAAAUCUCUACUUUCGUAACAUUCUAGGACGGAAUGAUAUAGAUAUCUUGCAAAACAACAUAGAAGAAGUCCAUAAAGAAUAUGCAAACCUGAAAGGUCAAUGUGCUGAACGGGCACAAGCUUUUCUCCUGUACACAGGGUUAAAAUUUUCUGGUGUUUACAAAGAAAUGACUGCUCAACAGAAAGCAGACCGAUUGAAUUUCAUGAAAAGUCAUCUAGAAGGUCAUAUCUUAUCUAAUGUUAAAAAAAUCGUUCAUCAGCAUUCUGAAUUUUAUGAUUGGAGCAAAAUGGAAGAUAAUCUAAGAGAAUUUGCCUAUGGAAUUGUAUUAAGAAAGGAGUUUAGCUCAGAUGAAAUUGCCAAAGAGCUGGAAAAUAUCUGUCAGGAUGAAAUUAGACUUAUUAACACUGAUGAACAAAUUGACAGCAGCAACAUGGACAAAGACUUUUUGCAAUUGUUAAAGAGGCUUGACCUUGUAAAAUAUUAUCCACAAAAAAUGAAAACGGCUGAUUUUCAUAAGAUAUGUAGAUCUUCUAUGUCUGAAACCCUGACUUUAGGAGAACAUCAACUUUCCUUCCAUUAUCUACAAAAGUUGCUCAUGUUGGACUAUCGUGCUAGAUAUACACAGUACAAACGUGCUAAUGAUCUCACUCAAAAGAAUAUAGUGACCAUAAAUGAUAAAGUUGAUAAAAAUGACAUAUCGGAAGAUUUCUUAGAUGAUUUCCUUGAUGACAGCAAUGAGGAAUUUGAAAACCAAAGUGCAAACCAAGAGCAACCUAUUCACCCUAUGGAUGUGCAGAUGGCAAUUUUUCAUUGUGCUAAUGACUUUAUGAGGCAGUAUAUUUACACAAAACUUUCACUUUGUCAGUUUGCUGUACCAAUGUUGGUAAGAAAUCCCAGCACAAAGCUCAUUGAGUUUCCUCUGUGGUCUUUUCAAGAAGUUAAAAAGAAAUGGAAAGCAAAAAGUGGCGCGAACAGGGAUGAUACAUCCAGCAACAAAUGUGUUACUGAAGCUGAAACUCCUAUUGUAUCUUUCAUUCGCUUUGGUCCAUCAGCUUCUUCUAAGUCACAAAUAAUCAACUGGCUGAUCAGUAAACAAAGACAUGACAUCUUCUAUCACCGCCAUUGCAAGGGAAGUACGAAGAACUCUUUGCUAAUGAAUGGCAUUACAGAAAUUGCUUGGUAUUGCCCAGGUGGGAAGGAUGAUGAUGCAUUUGAUGACUGCAUUGCUUUUACCAAUCUACAUGGUGAUGCUAGAGAACAUGACAAACAAGUAAAAUUUUUAGAGCAGAUUUCCUCAGUCAUUGUAGUUUUGUUCAAUGAUAGAGAUGCAAGGGAAGGACAUGGUAAAAUUGUUCUGCAGCGAUUAGUGAGAUCUCCCACACCAUUAAUCUGUCUUAUUGCAGACAAGGAAUGUCCUCCACCAAAACCUGGUACUAAAGUAAAAAUAGGGUUAAGAGACAGAAAUGAAGCAGAUAUGGUAGACAUAGUAGCUACUACAAUACAAUCAGUAUUGACCAGUUCAAAUCAAAGACCCUCUCUUAACAAAUGUGCAAGCAUUGCCAGAAGUCAUGGAUUUAUAGUGGAUGUGGACAAAGAGCAGUGCAAGCAAGGAAGAGACCAUGCAGAGGUUCUACUGUCCCUACUAAAAGAAAAAAAACUCUCAGCUAUAAAGGAGUCAUUUCUGCCAUUGCAAGGUGAUCUGUGGCAUAUGUGGUGCACAAAAGAUAAGGAACUCACUAGGCUCAAGAGAAAAAAUAAUUUGAGCAUUGAGCAACAGCGAAGUGACAUUGAGUCUCAAAAACAAGCGCUAAGAAACAGUCAAAUACAAAAAGCUUUUCCUUUAAAUGACUUUAUGAGAUCUCUCCUAAAUAUUCUACACUCAAAUGCUCAGGGCUCAAAAUUAUAUUUUCUGCAGUGGUUUAAAAUGUUUUUGGAUGAUUUGUCUUCAGAAACAUUAUCAACUCUCUAUCAUGAAUAUCAUAAUGUUUGGUCAGAUUUAAAAGUGGAAAAGCAAAAGGGCAAGAAUAAGCGUGUAAUACAAAAAAUUGAAAACAACCUGGAACAACUAUCAACCAAGAUCAACAUCUCAACAUUUGGGCUUGAACAUAUUCUCAGAGAACUGGCACAAAUUUAUGAAGCAUUAGAAACAUUCCCUGAAAAAGAUAAAAGCUUUUUCACUUUGCCUAAAAUUGCAGCACAUCUUAUGGUUUCAGGGUAUCCAUUAGAGCUUAUGGAUGGCGACGCUGCACAUGUACCAUUGAAGUGGAUAGGAGCUGUUCUGGAUGAAUUGAUAGGACUGUUAGGAGAUAAAAAGCUGUAUGUCCUUUCUGUACUAGGUAUUCAGAGUACAGGUAAAUCCACUUUACUCAAUGCUAUGUUUGGCCUCCAGUUUGCAGUGAGUGCUGGCAGAUGUACUCGAGGAGCGUUUAUGCAACUUAUUAAGGUUGAUGAAGAACUUAAACAAGAACUAAAAUUUGAAUACGUGCUUGUUGUAGACACCGAAGGAUUAAGAGCUGUAGAACUAUCAAAGAAGAAUUCGGUGAACCAUGAUAAUGAAUUGGCUACAUUUGUAAUUGGCCUGGGUAACAUCACUGUAAUUAAUAUUUUUGGUGAAAAUCCUUCCGAAAUGCAAGACAUUCUACAGAUUGCUGUCCAAGCAUUUCUCAGAAUGAAACAAGUGAACUUAAGACCAAGCUGUUUAUUUGUUCAUCAAAAUGUUGGUGAGAUCACAGCCAAAGAAAAAAACAUGGAGGGAAGAAGAAGAUUGCAAGAGAAACUGGAUGAAAUGACAUUGUGUGCAGCGCAGCAGGAGCAGUGUGAUGUCACUUGUUUCAAUGAUGUCAUUCAGUUUGAUGUCAACACUCAUAUUCACUAUUUUGCCCAUUUGUGGGAAGGUGACCCACCUAUGGCCCCUCCAAAUCCAAGUUACAGUGAAAAUGUCCAAGAGUUAAAGAAGAUCAUACUCCAGUCAGGGAAACAAGAAGAACAUGCAAAUAUUUUGAGCAUUUCAAUGUUUAAAGCACGUGUUAAUGAUCUAUGGAAUGCGCUGCUUAACGAAAACUUUGUUUUUAGUUUUAAGAAUUCUCUUGAAAUUGCUGCUUAUAACAAACUGGAAACUAAAUACAGUCAAUUGGCAUGGUCUUUAAGAGAGCACAUGCUGACGCUUCAAAGCAAAAUCAACAACCAAAUUCACAACGAUGUGAUAAAAUCUGUAAAUGUGGGUUCUCUAACCAAGGAAUUUGAACCGAAAUACAAAACUAUUCAGGAAGAUCUGAAUAAAUUUUUUACAGAAGAAAAAGAUAGUGAGAUGUUAGUGCAAUGGAGAGCAAAUACAGAAAAUAGACUCUCUACUCUUAAAAGUGAUAUCAUAGAAGAGAUGAAGAAAAAAACUGAUGAACUAUUGACAGCAAAAAAUAAUAGUGCAAAAAUGAACAUUUUUAAGGAAAAAUAUGAAGAUGAAAUGUUUAAGAAAAGCAAAAACCUGGCCUUGACUUUGAAAGGAAGAAACCUUAAUGAUGAGGAAUUGCAGGAAAAAUUUUAUGACAUGUGGAAUGCCUUGAUUACUGAAGUAACUAACACAAUAAACAUGCCUGAGCGUCCUGAGAUCCACCUAGACUUAGAAAAUGUUUUCCUAGAACGCUUCAAAACAGAAACCAAUCUUGUUGAUACAAUUCGUGAUUCUUAUAAUUGGAAGGAUUUUCUUGCAGUGUUCUCCAAGUAUAUUGAGGGUAAACGAGGAUUUUUUUCAAAGGUGUUUUCCUCUGGAACACUCAGCCAUGAUGAUCAAGACAAGAUAAAACAUACAACAUAUAUUCUAAAGAAGCGAGUUGAUGAAUAUAUUGUAAAAAAAGAGCAAGAGAUAAUGGAUUAUCAGUGUAUCUAUUUUCAUGAAAUUUUGAAUACGAUUAACAAGGAAAUAUACACCAUGCUGGAUAAAAAGUUUAAAUUUUUGACAGAAUAUAAGCUGUAUGUGUCACUGUUCUUGUGCCAAAUUGCCGCCAGAAGAUUUGUCCGCAUUUCAGAUGCUUUUAGAGAAGCUAACAAUCCUCGUGUUUACUUGGAAGGUAAAAAGGAUCAAUUCUGGCAGAGUUUUAAAAUCUCCUGCAAAGAAUCAAAGGAAACUGCUUCACUAGCCGAAUUAUUGUGCAAUACAUUAAAAGGGUCCAUCCAACAAGAAGUGACAGAAAAGGCUGCACUUGAGUUAGCUGGGGACAUGAAAAGCAAUGAUCCUUCUUUAAAUGGGAACCGAUCAAAACUAGACUACUGUUUACUUAAGUCACUGGCAGAAAAGGAACGUUUCCAGGAUUACAUUAACUACAUCAAAGAUCCUAAAUCAGCAGUUCAGGCCUUUAUCAAAGAACGUGUUCACGUGAACUGUAGUAACAAGACAAAGAUUUCUGACAUUUUCAACAUUAAAGUGGAUCUUUUUCGACAACUCGUCUCAAAAGCUAUCGAUAAGUCAACUGCGGAGGUUACAGACAAGCGUGGAAAUGUUAAAUCCUGGCUGGAAAGUUUCUGCCAAGGGCUUCAAAAUGAAAUGAAGCUGUCCUCAAAUGACUUGAAAAGUAUUCAAUACCAGAACAUAACUGAUAUAGGUUUCCUUAGGGAGGCAAUGACAAAGGCUUUACAAAUAGUAGUGAAAAACCUCAAAGAUGAGUUAUCUGCAUGUGAUCUACAAACCCUUAAACAAAAGACCUUCACCAUUUUAUUUGACCAGUUUCCCGGAUGCUGGAAAAAGUGUCCAUUUUGUCACGCUAUUUGCACACAUACUACAAGUACACAUGAUGGAUGUCACAGUAUGAAGUACCAUCGUCCAAGUGGUUUAAGAGGUGAGAAGUGGCAUCGUACCAACCAUUUUGCCACGGAUAUCUGCACUACUGUAGUAUCAAGUAAUAUAUGGUACAUAGAAGAUGACAAUGAAAGUAUACGUUUUCCCUACAAAAACUAUAAAACUGCAGGACCCCCUUACAGUGAGUGGUCUAUUACUCCAGACAACUCUGCCUUAUCCUACUGGAAAUGGGUGACCUGCCGUUUUAAAUCUGAUUUUGAGAACUAUUAUAAUUUACAAUUUCAAGGCAGAGGUGAGAUUCCUUCACAGUGGAGAAAUAUAACCAAGCAGGAUGCCAUUAGAGAGAUAGAAAACAUGAUGUAGUAAACUAAAAAAAUAAAUCAAGUUGUCUUCUUAAGAUGACUUUUUGCCGUGAAACCGCCACGGCAAUAUAAUUAUAAUAUGAUAUUGUAAUUACUAGUAUUUUUUUAUGUAAAAUGAUGUGUAACAGGUAAUAUGGGUUAAGCAUAUUGGCAAUGAUACCAAAAAUGGAUGAAAUGUAUAAACAGCUCAAAUCUUAGGUUACUUUCACUCUAGCGUUUCUAUUUUCCGGUAUUGAGAUCCGUCAAGGGUUUCAAUACCGGAAAAAAACGCUUCAGUUUUGUCUCCAUUCAUUGUCAAUAGGAACAAAACGUAACUGAACAGGACGUUUCCAUCAUGGGAUGCGGAGCAAAACCUUUUAACUCUGACACUAUCUGAUACAUAGGAAAACUGAUCUGUCCCCCAUUGACUUUCAAUGGAGUUCAUGACGGAUUCGUCUUGGCUAUGUUAAAGAUAAUACAACCGGAUCCAUUCAUAACGGAUGCAGAUGGUUGUAUCAUCGAUAACAGAAGCGUUUUUGCUGAGCCCUGCCGAAUCCAGCAAAAACGCUAGUGUGAAAGUAGCCUAAAAUGGGGUAUUAAUAUGGAUGAGUGAUCAUAAAGUGGUUGCCCAUUUUAGACAAGGCCAUUUUGCUAGGAGAGGUCGAGGAACCAUAAGCUGAUCACAGGAUAUCCCACUGCUGGAACCCUCUGAUAUCAGCUACAAUCUGCAGAAGAAUCCAGAAACAAAGCAGGCCAAUUAUGUAUUGCACAAUACCUACUAAAAUCAAUGGGCUGUCCAGCUGGUCUCCAGGCUUCUAAACAGGUGACACUCACCUAUUAACUCGAUGAUUAUAUUUGAAAGAACAUUUAAUAAUUUAAAUGAAGUGAUGUGAUAAUCAGUGUGGAGACCACUAUCAAACUAUCAGCUGAUCCAAUGUUUGUUAUUCUACAACUUUCUUAAAAACUUGGUAAAAAAAAUAUUAGAAUUUAAUGCUGAGUAUAAAAUAAAACAUCUAAUUAGCCUUCAGGUAUUUUCAUUUAAAGUGGUUUCUGGGGUUCAGAAUUUCGAUGUUCUGUCCUCAGGAUGGCACCCUCUGCCUAUUAGCUGUUUAAAGGGGCCAUGGUGAGCGCUGUGGCCUCUUCAUUGUUUAGAUUCAGCAAUGCACUGCCAAAACUAAUUAAUUUAGACAUUUUCAGGAGAAUGCAACAUAGCUGAAGUAUAGUGCACCACCGCUGGUAGUAGACAGCAUGCAGGUGGAGUCCGCAGUGUCCAUAUCAGUGUCAAUACAUUAUUCGGACCCCAACUGAUCUCAUUCUGAUAAUAGGCCAUCAGUAUCCUGAUCCUAGACAACCCCUUUAAAUCUAUACUUGAUAUGUAAAUAAAACUGUGUUUGCUGUGUUUCCUUAUGAUACAAUGCUGAGUAAACUUGUUAGGGCUCUUUCACACCUGCGUUCUUUUCUUCUGGCAUAGAGUUCCGUCGUCGGGGCUCUAUGCCGGAAGAAUCCUGAUCAGGAUUAUCCCAAUGCAUUCUGAAUGGCGAGAAAUCCGUUCA